AUGGUCAAAGACUUUCCAUCAGUUUCACACUGUUCUCUUACUCCCCAAACUGAUAUGACAUCUUAUAUGUAUGAUAAGUUAUUUAGUCCUCUCUCUAUCGAGAAUAAUGUGAACACAGAUGGACAGAAAAAGAAAAAAAUUGUAACAUUCUUACUUAUGUCAGAUGAUAUGGAU